AUGCGGCAGAGGACGAGUGAGGGCUUCCAGAACAACCGCACCCUCAGCCCGCCAGGCCCCGGGCGCCAGAGUGUCGAGCACCGCUUUCACCACGCCGCCAGGUCGCAGGCGCCGUCUGGGACGAGCGUUACCGUGGAGACAGGCGCGCGGGGCGGACGGGUCUCGGGAAAGGCGGAAAUCGGUUGUGGAAGUGUGGGCGGCCAUUUUGAAACCGGGCAAGAGGGGCGGGACUGGAGCGGCCAAGCGACGGUUGACCGGUUUCAACUAAGUGACUGGUUCGAGUCACGUUGCACGCUGCCCCCAGCGAUGUACCCUGCUGGCCCUGCGUGGCCGAAACUCCGAGUCCUGCGGGCGCUGUGGGCACUACUGGCGGUGCUAUUGGCAUCGUGGAGGCUGUGGGCGAUCCAGGAUGUCCAGGAGUGCACCUGGCAGGUUGUCCUGAACAAGUUUGAGACGGUAGGCAAGAAUGGCAUGAGCGACCGCUUCUUCGAUCAAGAGCCCCUGGAGACAGUGGACAAUGUGUUCAGCCCGCUGGUGGAUGUACCCACCGACCAGGGCGAGAAAUACCUGAGCUUCCCAUACUACCUGAAGAUCAACUACUCCUGCAAUGGAGAGUCCUCCGAGGCCCAGGUCCGCAAGGGCCACCUGACGGGGCUGAAGCCCGUGGUGCUGGUGACCUUCCAGUCCCCAGUCAACUUCCAUCAGUGGAAGAUAGAGCAGCUGCAGAUCCAGAUGGAGGCAGCCCCCUUCCGCAGCAAAGAGCAGUGCACCGCAGAGGAGGUGUGUGUCAUGAGCUGGUACACGCCCAUGCCCAUCAAGAAUGGCAGCGUGGUCAUGCGUGUGGAUGUCAGCAGCAAUGGCCUGGGGCCCUUCAUUCCCAAUAAAAGAUUUCAGGUGAACAUCAACGGCUUCUUGCAGAGACAGCAAGACAACACACUCCAUUUCACUGUGGGAAAUGAGAUCUUCAAUCUGAUACCCCGGUACUUCAUGAAUGUCCCAUCGAGGGCCCUGUGGCACACUGUGGACCAGGCACCUGUGCUCAUCCUGGGUGGCAUUCCUGAUGAGAAGUCCGUCCUGCUGACAGACACCAGCUUCACCGACUUCUUUCUUGUGGAGUUGAACAUUGACAGUUGCUGGGUAGGCUCCUUCUACUGCCCUCAGGCCAGUUUUACUGCCACCAUCUAUGAUGCCAUUGCCACCGAGAGCACUCUCUUCAUUCGGCAGAACCAGCUUGUCUACUAUUUUACGGGCACCUAUCUCACCCUCCACGAGAGCAACCGCGGCAGUGGGAGCUGGGUUCGUGUCCUGGCCAAUGAGUGCAUCAAGAGGCUGUGCCCUGUGCAUUUCCAUAGCAAUGGCUCAGAGUACAUCAUGGCCCUCACGACUGGCAAGCGGGAAGGCUAUGUCCAUUUUGGGACCAUCACAGAUGGUCAUGUGUCCUUCAAGUUGCUGCCCAAGCAGCGGUCUGUGUGCGAAGGGAUACAAGUUGCCAACUGCUCCAUAACCUGGGCCGUAUUCAUUGCUGGUGACUACAUAUUAAUGAUGCUGGUGGAGAUCCAAGACCCCACCACCAGGAAGUAUUUCCAGGUGGUCAGCUAUGACUUGGUCAGUGAUAACCUGGUCAUCGUCUACACCAUCCCAGAAUUCAUCCCUGAUGCUCGAGGCCUGGAGUUUCUGAUGAUUCUAGGGACAGAAUCUUACACCAACUUCCCAAUGGUACCCAAGGGCAUGUUCUACAACCCGUAUAACAACCUGCUGUUCAUCUGGGGCAAUUUCCUCCUGCAGAGCUACAACAAUGAAAACUUCAUCUACCUGGUGGAUUUCCCCAAGGAGAAGUCCAUUAAGUACCUGGUCAACUCAUUCCACGGGGACAUGGCUAUUGUCACAGAGACUGAGGAGAUCUGGUACCUCCUGGAGGGCAGCUACCGGAUGUACAAACUGUUCCCGUCCAAAGCCUGGGAGGUGUACGUCAGCCUACAGGUGAUGCACCAGUCCUCUUUCUACACCCCCAGUGAGACCAUGGUCACCCUCUUCUACGAAGACCGCAAACUGUACCAGCUGGUGUACCUUAUGAACAACAAGCAGGGCCGGCUUGUCAAGAGGCUUGUGCCCGUGGAGCAGCUCCUGAUGUACCAGCAGCUCGGCAAUCACUACCUCUUGCAGCGGCAGGGGAACCACCUGACGCUCUCCUUCACCAACUUCUGCCCCUUCACCGUGAUGCGCCUGCGGGACCUGCCCAACCCGCAGAUAUACACGCGCCAGGAGCGCUACCAGGCGCGCCCGCCGCGCGUGCUGGAGCCCUCGGGCUUCCACGACGAGAACUCGCUCGCCGUCUACCAGGGCCUCGUCUACUACCUGCUUUGUCUGCACUCCAAAUACCACAAGCCAUACGCGGACCCGGUGCACGACUCCACCUGGCGCUGGUGGAAGAACAAGAAACUGGACCAGGAUUACUACUUCUAUCUGGCUAGCAACUUGCAGAGCGCGAGUAACGUGUACAUUGACAUGGCCAGCUACGAGAAGAUCUACGACCUCAAGGCCAAGCACGAGCUGCCCGAGCGCAUCUUUCUGGACAAGGGCACCAGCUACAGCUUCUCGGUCUUCCUGACGGUCCGCGGGCACUCGUUCCAGUUCCGGCCGGAGCGCGGUCUGUGGGCGAGGCUGGACAGCAAAGUGGAACUCGGCGUGGUGCUGGCCGACCCGGGCUGCAUCGAGGCGGUGGUGAAGCAGAAGGUCCUCAUUAAUCGCAACUCGGUGCUUUUCUGGGUUACGCUCAAUGAUAAAAGGUCUUGCUUUGAUCAGGGCCUUAGUGGACAUCAUCUCAUGAAGACCUCCAUGUUGGUCAAGGUGGUGGGCGCGGUCGGGCACUGCUUCCAGAACACACACCAGGGGCCCCGCAUGCAAGGCAACUUGAUGGUGCCAGUGCUCAUCGGCUGCCCCCCAGGCAAGCGGCUGGCCUUCGACAUCACCUACACACUAGAGUACAACCGCCUGCAAAACAAACACUACUUCGACUGUGUGCACAUUGACCCCGAGAUGCCCUGCUUCCUCUUCCGUGAUAUCUUCUACCCUUUCUUCUUGAUCCAAGACUUGGUGACGGGAGAUUCAGGCAGUUUUCAGGGCAGCUACGUGCUCAAGGUGGUAGGCGGUGGGCCCACAAUGGACACCAUCAAGGAAUACAGCGAGGAGGAGAUUUACCGCUUCAACAGCCCCCUGGACAAGACUAACAGCCUCAUCUGGACCACCAAGAACACAACGACCACCAAGGACUCGGCCUUCAACAUCAUGACCCAUCAGAGUUUGGGCAUCGAGUGGCUGUGUCUGGAGAACUCCCCAUGCCAUGACACCAUUCCCCAUACCAUCUUUGCCCCUGAAUUCUUCUUCAAGGUGUUGGUGAGCAACAGAGGUGUGGACAAGAGCACAUACUGUGACCACCAGCUCAUCUUCCUGUUGCAUAUCCAUGGGCUCCCACUCAGUGCCAAGCGGGCCCUCUUAAUCCUCAUGGUGUCAUCCAGUGUGUUUAUCGGCCUGGUGAUCCUCUACAUCAUCUUCUGCCUCCUGUUGCCUGUUAUGGUGAAGGCCUGCAACAUCCUCCGCUGGAAGAUCAACAACAUCAUCACAUCAGAGUCCUACUACACCUACACGUCCUCUUCUAGAGUCUUUAGUGGGACAUCUGGGACCAAAUCCAGGGGCAGCUCCGGCGUCAGCUCCAGUGUCAGUUCCAAAGUGGCAGAGGGGAACCAGGAGGCCCCUGAGGACACCUCGAAGAAGCAGUCUAUUACCUGA